CUUACUACCGAAAGAAAUCUGGACCCUAAUGAUCUAUUAAAUAUGAGGGAUUGUAACCUAGAUUGUCUCCCAGAGAACUACCAGAUGAAGUAUUACUUUUACCACGGGCUGUCUUGGCCUCAGCUGUCUUUUGUUGCUGAGACGGACGAUAAAGAAAUUGUGGGCUAUGUUCUUGCUAAGAUGGAAGAAAAUCCCGAGGACGUACCUUAUGGACAUAUUACUUCUUUGGCUGUCAAGCGGCCGUAUCGCCGUUUGGGAAUUGCCCAAACUCUAAUGAACUUAGCCUCACGUGCCAUGGUAGAAAAUUUCCAGGCGAGAUAUGUUUCUCUGCAUGUUCGAAAGAGUAACAGAGCUGCUUUAACUCUAUAUAAGAAAUCCCUUCAAUUUGUUGUUGCUGAUGUGGAGCCGAAGUAUUAUGCAGACGGCGAGGACGCCUACGCGAUGAAGCGCGACCUUAAAUCUAUAUGGGAUAAGGUAUAUCGCUUUGUCAUGAGUAAUGAUAUUUCUUCGAUUUAG